GAGCAUCUUCCUCUUAACUUUAAAACAAUCACUUUUAUUUUUUCCCUGAAAAUUUCAAAAUCCCAACGCCGCCUCUCCCGGUGUCUCCUCCGUAACACUCGCCGGUCAGCCGUCGCCUCCGCCGCUUUCUCCUUCACUCCACCUACGUGGCUCAAUCUCGGCCGUCCGUCUACUUUCCGUGCUCGUGAAUCUAGGCCCCUCGCUUUUUGCUCAUCCCGAAACAAGAUUUCGAGAACAGAUCUGCUUCCAAACCAAUCCACUCUCUUCUAAAUUCUCGCUUUCUUUUCCACUUCCUUUCAACUGCUCGGAUCGUGUUCUUCAUUCGCCUUCUUCUGGAUUUUGUAGAAGAUUCGAGAAAAUAUGGCCAAGGUCACAUCAAUUUGUUGCGCGGUUCUUUCGGUUCUGCUUUUGGCGCAGUUCUCUGUUUCUGUGGAUUCUCCCGCGGAAUCUCCCGCUCCGCCACCGCAGACUGGCGCGGAUUCCCCUCCGCCGCGUUCUCCUUCGAGAAUCUCCAGUCCUCCAGCUCCGUCGCCUCGGAAUGCACCGGUGAGUUCUCCUCCAGCACCUCCACCAUCAGAUCUUGCUCCUGGUUCGUCUCCAACUCCACCGCCUCCUCCUUCCUCUUCUCCGUCUCCAUCGCCAUCCGAAGCUAGCGACAUUAGCCGGAACAAUGUGAGCAAAAACGACGAAUCGGAUGAAGAAUCGAAGAACGGAAUGAGUGGAGCUCAGAAAUUCGGAAUCGCAAUAGGAGUGAUCGCGGCAGUCGCUUUGAUUGGAUUUGGAGGAUUGGUGUACAAGAAGCGCCAAGACAAUAUUCGCCGGUCUCGCUAUGGCUAUACAGCGAGGAGAGAGCUUCUGUGAAGAUCGCCAUGGCUCUGGUACCUUCUCGAUUAAUCAUUCUUUUUGCGCGAAUUACGAUUCCAUUAAACGUUAGAUCAUAUAGUUUUCGAAUUUAGAUUUCAUAUUCUGCUUCCUGGUUUCAUCGUCUGAUCUUCUCCUGAGAAGGUUUCGGAAGAGAAUCGUUCAGAAUUCAUCAAAUUCUUGAGGAUUUGAUUCCUCCAUAUUUACUCAAAUUCUGC